AUGGAUGCUUCGGAGCUGCAAUGCAUCAUCUGCCCCCGGCAGCCCGCCUUCAGCGAUGUGUCUCAUCUUUUGACUCACGUCUCAUCCAAGGCCCAUUUGGCUCAUCAAUUCAAGCUUCAAGUUCGGGGCCACCAGGAUGCUGAGGCUGCCGAGCUCUCCAACGCAUUCAACGAUUGGUACGCUGCCAACAACAUUACCCAGUUGCUGUCCGACCGGGACGCUUCCAAAGCCGACCGCCAGAACAAGAGAAGAUCAUCUGGAAAAAAGACCGGAUCGAGUCCAUCGACAGACGAACACACCUUGAGAGCCCCCCUUCCAGCCCAUCCUGUUGAUGCUCACUCGGAUGCAAUGGUUCCCCUCCCAGCUAACAUUGACCCUCGCCUCGGAGAGCCCUACACGCCUGGCAUGCAUGAAGCGAAUACUGGGAGUGUGACAUCCGCUGAAGAGUUCGAUUCAUCCAACGCCACUCGAUCUACAUCUGUGGCUCUUGCUAUUGAUCCUUGCCUGGAAGCCUACUUCGACCAUGAUUCGGUUUACUCGGCCGGAAACACUGAAACUGCAAGCGGAAACGGGCACGACACUGUCAAUCUCAACAAAAGUCAAGUUACAUCCUUCCUGGAGACCCCGAGGGCUCUGCGAACUCGCAAUAUCCAAAAGGCCAUCUCGUCACAACAGCGAGCUAAUCGAUCGCAGUCAUUUGGUGACAAUCGAACUCAUGUGGGCAAGACAGUUGGUGAAUUUGAUGAUGAAAACGAUGGGCCCGAUGAAUUGACAAGACUGAAGGGUAUUCAGUGGCCCGGAAUGGACAUUUUUGAUGCAGCCACGCAGCAAAUGCGACGAAAGCGCAACCAGAAGAAAGAUGGCACCAUUUUGAAGCAAAUGGAAACGACUUCUCGACUGGUGGAGCCCACCGAACAGAUAUUCUCCUCCGCUGGAGCCCUACUGAAGGAACGUGUGAUUACCGGCAACAUCGACGAUGACAGCCCCGUGGAAGGCGAGGACCCAAUCCCAAAGAAACGUCCCGUCCGCGGCAAGCAGGGUGCAUUGCGCGAGAACGACCCCAACGUUGCAUUUGCCAAGGACAGAAAGCGUGUCAAAAGAGACGUUCCUCAAAGCCGUGAUGUGCGAGAGCAUGUCCUGGAAAACAAUGAACGUGAGGUUUCCAUCUAUCAUAAGCGCCCCUUCGGAUCGGCCUGGGAUGGUGAAGAAGAAGAAGAUCUGGGAUUCACUGCACGAACAUUCCGAAAGCGAACUCGGGCUGGCUUUGCCGUCUACAACGACGACCACGAGGCUAGAGAAGACAGACUGGUCUCUAUGGUGCAGGAUCACAGCGGUCAGCCGAUCGAUGUACAGGCCUCUCGGGGCACGCUGACUCCAACCCGACUUAUGCUCGACAGCAAACCAAAAGACUCGUACAAUCAUGGACAUACCAUUCAGUCUCCACUGGGCAAGGAAAAUAUUGAGCCCUUUUUGAACACUCACGGUCGAAUUGACCCUCUAAUUUGGAAUCCGAUGUCGCCCUUUUCAAACACGCAGACUUCGAACAUGAACGGCGAUGAUCGAUACUACUUCAAUGACCCCUCGGCUGCUGGAUUUAGUCUGACUGAUACUCGGAACAACUAUGGAUACCAGAUCAAUCCCCUGCUUGCUCCUACUUCAAAGAUGGCCAUGUUUGAGCAUCAAUCGUAUGACGAAGAUGUCACUGUGGCCAACAGUGGCUGGGCCGCCUCGUCUCGUGCUGUGUCCUCUGACGCUACGAUUUCUGAGCAGGACCUUCAUGACAGAUGCUAG